GAUGUCUGUGGCGGGGCGCGAGUUGAGACUUGAGUUGUGUGGCGCGCGCAGUGAAUGAAACGUAUCAAGUUGCAAAAUUUGCUUCUUUCUCUUUUUAUUUUCACCUGUACUGUGUAAUCCGACUGACGGCAGUCUAAUUAUUUUGUCCUUUUGUCGUCAGUAGGAUGUUCGGACUACACCGGGUGUCCAGUUGGAGGGUUACCACGCUGAUUUUCGGUCUAUUGCCAGGCCUUGUGUUACCCCUUAUAGAAGAAGAGAAGAAAGCAACAUUUCUAACGGCAAAUGUUGGAGAAUCAGUGGUAUUCAACUGCCCUCUGGAUUUUCCACAUGACAUCGCUAUACCUUACAUCCUCUACUGGAAUAAAGAUAGCAAGUCGAUUCUGUCAUGGCACGAGGGCGUGAUGGAGACGUGGUCGGCCGACUUCAAGCAGCGAAUCGGCUUCCUGGCCCCAGACGCGCCCUUCGGCAAGGGGUCCAUCAAUUUGACCAGCAUACGGGAGUCGGACGCCGGCUGGUAUGAAUGCAAGGUCUUCUUCCCCAAUCGCUCGCCCAGCACACGUCUCAACGGCACCUGGUUCCAUCUCACUGUCAAUGGCGGUGACCUUCUGGGCAUUCCGCCGAUCAACCAGACGGUGCUGGAGGGUGAGACGGCCGAAUUCGCCUGCGUGACUAAGGACUCGGCCGAGUCGGUCACUUGGCACAAGGACGGCUUGCCGAUCACCGAACUGGCAGACUUGAGUCAGCGUGCAGAAGUGACGCCCUCAGGCUCUCUCACCAUCCGCACGCACAUGGACGAUGUGGGCCGCUACACCUGUCACGUGGCCAGUGCCACUGGUGACACUCAGGAGGCGUCCGCCUAUCUCAAUGUGCAGUAUAAGGCCAAAAUCGUGUACUCGCCGCCGGAGAAGUUUUUCCCGUACGGGCGGCCGGCAAUCCUCGACUGUCACUUCCGCGCCAACCCGCCGCUCACCAAACUCAGGUGGGAGAAGGACGGAUUCCUCUUCGACCCGUUCAACGUGCAAGGCGUCUUCUUCAGGAAGAAUGGAUCGUUGUACUUCAGCAAGGUAGACGAAUCACAUGGCGGCGACUACGUGUGUACGCCUUUCAAUGACCUUGGCACGGAGGGGCCCUCCCCCCCAAUCCACGUGAUGGUGCAGAGGCCCCCCGUUUUCACCCUCCAGCCGCAGAACCUCUACCUGCGUAAGGUGGGUGACUCCCUGGAGAUGCCCUGCGACGCUCUCGACGGUGACGGUUCUCAUCGACCCUCCAUCUUAUGGUAUAAGAAAGAUGGCUCGCCGCUACCGCCGAAUCGCUCCUACCUGACAGGCGGCAACCUGACAAUUGCGGCCGUUGAGGAGGCAGACCGCGGCCUGUACCAGUGUGUGGCCAGCAAUGAAGCGGCAACAAUCACCGCCGAAGCGGAACUGCUAAUUGAGAAUUCGCCCGCCAGAGCGCCCUACAACCUCAGCGCUAGCAGUACCCUAACCACCAUCUCGCUCAAAUGGAUUCCGGGCCAUAGCAAGCCGCAGAUGGAGUACAGUGUCUGGUACCGGCGACUGGACGCACCCGAAUGGAAGACGCUGAAGAUAGCUCGCGGUGCGUCGCAGGUGACUGUCCACAACCUGGCGCCAGGACGCGACUACGAGCUCAUGGUACUCAGUCAGGACCAGCGAGGCGACGGCAUGUUUAGCAAGAUCAUCAGAUACAAGACUAAUGAUCCAGAAAGCAGCUUUGAAGGAUCAACGUCAAAGGGGAUGAAUCAACCUCUAGAGAGCUUUCAGCAGAUAAGUGCGCCCCGCAAUCUGCGCGUGCACCUGGACGUGGAGGGGUACCUGGUGUCAUGGGAGCCGCCUGAACUAGGCGCUAACAGCCUCAAGGUGUACACAGUCAGCUGGUACGAGGAUGGCCGCGAAACCGAAAUCAUCAAAGCCGAUACUACUGAGAAUUCUUUCAUUGUGAAAGACCUGAAAGAGGAACGAACCUACCACUUUCGCGUAACUGCUCUCAGCGACAACGCGUACGAGGCUAGCAGCGAAAUGUACACCAUCCACAUCCCCGAUUACCAGCGGGCGCGCGUCAUCAACAUCGGUGUGGUGGUAGGCCUGCUAAUCAUGUUCGGCGCAGUUGCCGCGCUCUGGUAUGUGCGCAACGUGUAUCGGCGAACCAACCACAAACAGGCGCACUUUGACGACAGCUGAAUCUGCGCACAUCAUCUGCGCACACCAGGGGCCCGUUUCACAAAAGUCGCAAGUUACAUUAUACAUUCACCCACGGUAUAUAGAAGAAGAAUUUUAUAUUAUCAUCUAAUUUAAUUUAAUAUUUUCAUCUAAAUACCGUGCAUUCACCUAUGAAUUUCAACGGAACGGUGACUCUAAAAUCACCAGUGAAACUAGCCAUAUGAACCCAGCCAUGAGAACUUUAUUGGGGAGAAUGAUCCAAGAAAAAACUGAAACAAAAAUUAAUGUUGCUGGAAUUAUUGUGAUAUAGUGAGGUCCACGUUAUAAUGGCAGUGAAGAAAGAUAGGAGAACAACGUUAACGAUACUCUGUCGUUUCUCCACUCUCUUACUUUACUCUCGGUUUUUCUUCGUUUUUUAAAUUUGUAGUGUAGUGUUCGUUUAUAAAUCUAUAGUUUAUUUGAAUUCUUAUUCAUAAUUUAUUUUUGAAUUGUA